ACAAGCAUUAAAUUUGAGCUCUGUCAAGAAAAUAAUUAAAUAUAUAAAAUUGGAGAUUUUUACAAAUUGACUGGACUAUUUCUUGUGGAUAUUGGUGUUUGAAGGUCUGGAGCUGUGGCUUUUGGUGGAGUUGGUUUUUCUUCUCACCUUUUUAACCUGUUGCUGUGCAUUUUCGUUUGGCGCUCUUUUUUUAUUCAUUUGCAUCUGCCAAGGUAAUCCUGAAAAUGCCGUCGCUAUUGACCUGUAAUGUUUGUAAGGAUCAUAUUGCCAAAUCCAAAUAUAAAAUUGGUUGCAAAGGCUGUGCAAAUUUUUUCCAUUUGGAUUGCGUUGGCAUUUCUGAGGCUGAGGCUAAAAUAAAUAAGCAACUCAGAUACACUUGUGUGUGCUGUGUUCGGGCUUCUGGUGGUAGUGGUGACGCUGGUGUGGUUGAUCGCGGAACAAAAGCGAACACUGCAGUUGAUGCAUCUAGGGUUGGUGCCACAGCUGAUGCUUCUUUGAAUGGUGGUGAUGGGACAGUUGGUGUGGCUGCGUGUGAUUUUGUUGGGAAUUCAGAUGCUCUGCGAGAGCUGCAGGAUAACUUGAUUUUGUCUAUGAAACAACAAAUGGACACGUAUAUGGCUAGAUGUCUGUCUGAAUUCCGUACCAAAACUGAUGCUCUGUUUGAUCUUUAUAAUGCACAAAUAUCUGAGGUAAAGCGUGAUGUGGUUGAGCUUAAAAAGGCCGUAGUUGAGUUGAAGUUGACAGUCUCUGAAGUUAAAAGUACGGCUUUGUUAGCAGAAAAGAAACUUGCUGAUAGGAUUUCUGAGCUUGAGUCUUUUAACAAUGUGCUCCAGCGAAGGCUUAACAGAGCUGAUAUCAUUAUAAGAGGUUUGCCGGAAAAUAUUAAAGACCUCAGGAGCUUUGUUGUUAAAGUUGCUAAUUUGUGUGGGUUGCAACUAUCUCAUGGCGACAUGCAGCAGUGCUGUUACAUAUCUGAACGUAGAGCGGUUUUGGUGAAGUUUAAUUCUAUUCAGACAAGAGAUUCCCUUAUCCGCCGAUUUGUUAAAAGAGGGAAGGUAACCCUAAAAGAAGUUAUGGAGAAUUGUCUAUUGGAGUCCCGUAUCUACUUAAAUGAUCAUCUUGUUAAAUCGGCAUCUAGUCUUGUCUUUGCCUGCAGAGGCCUGCUCAAGAAGAAGAAGAUUAAGAAAUUCAGGUUGUUAAAUAGUGAUGAACCUCAAGUUGAGGUAAUACUUGCUGAUGGAAGUAAAACAAUUUUUGAGCGACAGGAGCUUCUUGAAUUUGCUCGUAGUUGUCCUCUGCAACCGGGUGGUGCUCCGUUGGUUGGUGAUAUGCUGCUGGGAGUGUAGUCAUGUAAUUAUAAGAUGCGAAAUCGAAUUUACAUAAUUUUGCUCCCCAGCCCCUUUAUUUGGUUUGAUGUCACUUGAUGAUAAUCUGGGACCCAUAAUUAAUGACGCUCACUUUUUUAAACCCUUAUUUGAGGGUUUGUCUGGUAAACUAACGUAUGGCCACUUGAACUGCCAAAGUAUUCGCCCAUCGAGAUUCAAUAAUAAAAUUGAUGAGCUUCGAUCCUUGCUGGUUGGUAGUGGUAUCAGCAUUUUUGGUGUCACUGAAUCUUGGCUUAAUUCUGCAGUCUCAUCGAAAUCGUUGGUUAUUCCAGGAUAUAAGCUGGUGCGGAGUGAUCGUGUUGGUCGUGUUGGUGGUGGGGUAUGUCUCUAUAUUGGUAGUGGCAUUCCUUAUAAGGUAGUUUUUCGUUCAAAUAAUUUUGGUGUUUGUGAGUCGGUGUGUGUUGAGUUGAAUAUUGGGGCAUUGGUUUUGCUUGUGGCGGUAGUAUAUCUUCCCCAUGGCGAUGUUCAGUCUUUCUGUGAUGUACAUGAGAGUUUGUUUGAUCGCUUC